CGUCGGCGCGAGGUCGCCUUUCGAGUUCCAAAGAAGCAGAAGCCUACGGUAGCGAGAGGGGACGAGCCACAGCCAAAGAGAGUGAAGAAGUGUUAACAACAGCGUUCGUCCAUUGUGAUCGUCGCGUCAAACAUGAAGAUCCCCAAAGAGGUUCAGUGCCGUACCUGUGCGCAGGUGUUUUGCUGUGGCAAGUGUCGUCAGAAGCACGAGGACGUCCAGCACCAGGACGUGAAGGCGAUCCGGCAGAUUUGCUACAUCUGCAACAAUAGACCGUUCCCGUUGCGAGUCGACACGAAGAUCAGCGGGAGUAACGUGCUGGUGGAGCACAUCCUGCGGGAACAUUUGCCGCUGCGGUGCAAUCGGUGUGCCAAGGUCUUCCACACAGCCGCCGACUUCAAGUCGAUCGCUCGCUGCCUCACCGCACACGGUCCAGCAUCGGAUCAAGCCUGCCACCUCGAGCACAGCCAGCACAUCCCAACGAUCUUGGAGAAUGUCGCCGCGGAAGGAGAAAACAAAGAAAAUAUUGAUGAAAACAACUCGGCCACCUCCUCGGAACGAUCAACCCACAACUCGGCCCCCCAAACGGCCAUCAAGGUGAAGCUAACCGCCGCCAACACGCCCCAAAUAUCCAAAGAACUACGUGCCAUCACCGACCCCCCCGAGGACAUCGAACCCGUGAACGAAGCCAUGCUGACGCCCCUGUCGAUGAUCAACUUGCGCUGGAAGCGCAAAAGUCGCCAAAGCUUCGACAGUAUGCUCUCGACCACCAACAACAUCUCGGCGGUGAACGCUUCGGAAGGGGCGAUGCUGGUCCCCCCGUCCAGCCCCGCCAAGAAGCUCGUCCGGACGACGUCGACGCCGAUGAUGCACGGGUGUUUGCCGCAUCAUCACCAUCACCACAAGAUGACCAGCUACAACGAGUCGUACAGCAGUGCGAUGGGACAGAUGUCGAGCAUUCACGCGAACAGUACCAGUGAGCAGCAGCAGCAGCAGCAGCUAGCAGCAAGGGUCCGCGCCAUCAUCCGCAGCCGCUCGAAGGCCGUGGCCGCCACUCCGCUGCGCCAGGUCAUGUCCAAGAGCAUCCAGCGAGCGAUCGCCCAGCACGGCUACUCCAAGCUGGUGGCACCGGGAACGCAACGCAAGAUGAGCUUCAACUCAACGGGCGGAAGCAGCAUCAGCGGAAGCCCUGCGCGGAGUGCGUUGGAUCUGCGAACGACGCCGGUGCUGAAGCGCUGCUCGAGCGCAUCUUCCGGACAUCACAGAACUGCCAAGAUGGUUCGGCUGGGGGUUAAAUCGCGAAGUGAGGACAGCAGCAAUGCGAGCACGUUGGAGGAUCGUAGCGUUGAGGCGGGUUCCGAGUAUUAUGAAACGCACCAGAAUGUGGACUCGCUGAACAGUACCGCGGAUCAGGAGAACUUGGAGAAGGUGGAGGAGGUCGAACCCGUGGUGAUUCAAUUCUUGAAACCUAUGGCGAGUUCCUACCAGGAAACUCCGAGAGUAGCCGGAGGAAUGCUCAAGAAGGUCAUUGCGUUCACGAGUCCGGACGUGACCCGACUCGGCGUCGUACCCCGGCCGGAAUCGGAAGACGAAGGUGACGACGACGUUUGGUCCACUCCGUGCGGUGCCAUUCCGCCACCUCGCAGCUUCAGCUGCUCAGCCCUCAAAGACCUGGGCCGUUCGGAGGAAACCGACGACGAUGUGUUCCUUCCGCCAGCCAACCCACUUUCCCCGACCAAGUCCAAAUCCUGCAAGCAACUCAAUCUAGACUCCCCGGGCGCGCCCAGCACCGGCAAGCUGUGGACCAUCGUGUCCAGCGUGAUCCGGCUGGCCUCUCGCCAAGACAUCCAAGACGACCUGACCACCAACGAUUCCACCAAACUGACCUCAACGCUAGCCCAGAAAGCCGCCUCCUUCGCCGGCUUCCUCAAAAACAAGUUCCCCGGAGCGAGCCGCCCGAACCUGCGCUCCUCCUCCGGAUCGGACGAAUUCUCCGCGAUAUCCCCGAGCGGUGGCAUCAAGAGACGUCGGUCGAUGGCGCGGCCGUACGAAUCGCGUGGAAACAAUCCGACGGUGGCACCGGUGUACCGGACCAGCUCGAGUCCGCUGCCCAAGCGGAAGCGCAUUCAGGGACGGAAGCCGAUCGAGCGGAUGAGGAAUGAAAGUCGCAGUGAAAGUGGGAGUGAUUUUUGAAUGGAUGACAACGACGGUGACGACGGAUUGUGGACGGAAUCGGGAAAAUGGGCAAUAUUAGGGAGAAGAAGCGGAAGAAGCAAUGAACGGUGAACGAGUGUUCCUUUCUUUCAGUUUUUUGAUGAUCGCGUUUGAAUUGUUUAUUUUACCAUCGAAGGAAAGGAAUGCAAAACUAAUAAGAAGUAAAGUAAAUCUUUUGUAAGUAGUUUUAAGCUGUGCCAUAUUGUGUCCCAUAUAUUUGAUGAAUAAACGUAUUAACGAAUUGAGAA